CGGGUCACGUGCAAGGGAACACGUGACAUGCUGUUUGACUGGAGACAGAGAGUGGAUCCAUCCAAUCAGCAUCCUAGGCUGAAACAAGCUCUCAUUGAUGCUGGUCUAGUCAUGCUUGCUGAAAUUUAUCUCAAAGAGACGUUAGCUUACCAAGAUACCUACAGUGAGAAGAUUUCGGAAUCUCUGACUGUUCGAAAAUGUCGCACAAUCUUGGAGGACAAAUAUUCGAAUCAGCUAUGUAAAAUCCAAAUGAAGCCUUGGGACAAAGAUGAUUAUGCAGAGUUUGAAGAUAUGCACACCGUUGUUACCAUGGUAAAAAAGGAUGCUCGUGGAAGAGAUAUCAAGGCAAAACAAAUACUUCAAGGCUCUGUUGGAAAAAUAUUUUCAGCAAAAGUAAACGGGAAUCUUCCAUCACGAAUCCUUAUUUCGGCUCCGGCUGGACGAGGAAAGACAACAGCUGUCGCUAAGAUGGCGCACGACUGGGUUCACAGAGAGGAUGGCUCAGGAUUAGAGGACUUGCCACUUCUGUUCGUAGUCAAGUUUCGAAACACAAGUCACACUACAUCGAUUGGAGAAGCCAUUAUAUCACAACUCCUGAGUGAUGUUAAAGAUCUGACGCCACAGGGCCUGGAGGAGUUCAUCAGACAGCAUCAGGGAAUAUGUCACAUUAUAUUAGAUGGGCUCGAUGAGUAUGCUGGUAUCUCCUCCUCAAGCAAUAUCAUGAGCAUUCUUCGCUGGAAAAUGUUUCCACAAUGUCGAGUCGUUGUAACAACACGACCUCACCUAGAAGACAUUUUUAGUCAAGGGGAUCUACCAAGGGUGUAUACAAAGAUGGAGAUCGAAGGAUUCUCGCGAGGAAACGCACGCGAUUACAUUGACAGGUUCUUUACUUCUGUUCAGAAACCUAUGAAAGCGGAUGGUCUGAGAGUUAACCUCGAUGAACAACCCUUGAUUGAGGAACUCGUAAAAACUCCGCUAUUUUGCCUAAUGGUCUGUCACUUGUGGUCUGAAGAUCUACUUCAGCGUGACACUACAACUCAAACAGCAUUACUCGAUCAAGUGAACGUAUUCUUAAUGCUCCACGCAAAUGCUCGGACACCUGGCUUGAUAAAAACUCCCAAACAACUAAACCAAAUAAUACUGAAACUGGGAGAAAUUGCUCUCACUGGUCUGCUUAAUGAUGCUAAGAAGUUAUUUUUCUCGUAUUGUGAUUUUCAGAGAGUUCCCUCUAUUCUUGAUUUGGCAUGCGCCCUAGGAAUUGUCUCAAAGACUGUUGUUUCAACCAGACGCCUUCCACAACUUGACAAAGCAUUUACGACUACCAUAACUAUUAUUGAGUUUUAUCACAAACUUGCUCAAGAACAUGCAGCAGGAAAGUAUCUUGCUGAUAAAACGAACCGCUUUCUGUUCCUGCUGAAGUUCAGUAAGCUAGACCGGGUACUGCGAUAUAUAAAAACAAGCAUUGGAGAAUAUGAAAAUCUUAUUCGAUUUGCUUCUGGUACGAAGAGCAAUCUCUGCAUUAGAAUAAUGGAGAGCGUCCUUUCAAAUAGUUAUUUAUCUGAGAGUGAGCGAUAUCGUAUUCUCCUAGAUUGUUCAUCAGAGUCUGGGGUCAACGAUGGGAAUGUGUCAUUAUUGGUACGAAGGUGUGUGACGUCACGGCGUAUAAUCUUGAAGUCACCGACAGUGUAUACUAUCGUUGGGAUGCGAAAUCUUCCACUUGAGCUGAAACAGCAGGUAAUCUUAUGCCAGAGGAUUGCCAGAAAAAUAAGCCCAUACAGUCCAUGA